UGGAAAUUGACUUCCUGGAUUUUCGAUUGACAACGCAACGGUGGAAGAUGAAGUUCAAUUUAGUUCUGGGCAUAACAGUUCUCUGUUUCCUGCUACAUCAUGGCCUAAAGUUUUUAUUUUACGUCGCCGUUGCGAUUCUGUCUUUCAUUGCUGGUUUCUUUUUGGUGCUGGAACAACCGGUCAUGAAGUUCCAAAAGAGAGAUCUUAUAUUCUGCAAAGGAAUUCCAAAGCUAACGGCUAUUAUGGAUGCUGAAGGUGUUACAAAACCGAAUAUACGCCUAUCUUCUCAUCAGGACCUAGACUACGUGCUAAACCAGAUUGUAAGCUAUAUUAUCAGGGACUACAUAACUCCUUGGUACAAUUCCCUCACUCCAGACGAUUCAUUUCCCAUGGAACUACAUAGGCUUCUUUUGCGGAUUGUUGCGAAUGUGGUAAAAAGAAUAUCUGAUGUGGAUUGGGUACCUUUCCUUACUGAAAUGCUUCCCUCUUAUAUGGCUGCUCAUGUUCGUGUAUACCGAAAUAUGCUGGAGAGGAAGGUAGCAUAUCCUGACAAAGACUUUGCGAAACUAUUUUUCGACAUUGAAGCUGAAACAGAAAAAAGUAUAUGUCAUGAAGAAAUCUGUAGUUCUGAAGACCGAGAAAAAGAUCACCUCCGUUUGCUAAGUGACAUGUUUUUAUUCUUUGUUACUCCUGCCGAGGAAUACGCUGUUCCCGGUAUUCGAUACAUAGCCCGGGAGUUACUGGUUAAUUCCGUUCUCAUGCCGACGAUCAACUUGUUAUCAGAUCCUGAUUUUGUUAACAGAACUAUAGCUUGGUUUGCAUCAGAUAGCGCCUAUACCAGUGAGUAUUACUGUCAAGCAUUACGUAUGUCUGACAGCGUUGAAGAGAUCGAUGUUGUUAUCCGUCAGCUAAAUAGUUUCAUGGAUAAACUUCGGGGCCACGAUACCGGGGGUGAUGAUGAUGCUCUAAUUAAAGCACAACUUGGAAGUCUAGACUAUGUUAGGAAAAUAUGCUCAAUUCGUCGGAAACAAAUUCAAGAAGGUGUAGUUGAAAAAGUAAGUCUUUACUGAACUGUAAUAUAUAUGUGUGCCUACUUUAUUAAAUACUUUCCUUCCCUUCCCCGCUUCCCAUUUUUAGCCCGAACGUGUAUUAGCUUAUCAUUUAAAACCUGAUGCACGAAUUUAUGAUCUGUCAUUUCAAGAAUUAAUGACUAAAAGUGUUGCGGUUGUUAGUUUUUUAGAUUUUCUAGCUUCUAUUAAUAAACAUUCAUUUCUUCGAAUGUAUUUGAAUUGUGUG